AUGAAACGAGGGGCACUUGCUGCAGCACUCGACUCCGUGCUGGGCGCGGUCACUGCUUGUGCGGAGAAGAAGGGGAAGAUAACAGAAUUCUUCGGCAACGAGGCAACGUGCGCCAAGGAGGACGCGGAUAACGCGCUUUGCCUAAUGAUCUCGGCGCUGAAGCUUCCAGAGCGCAUCGUGGAUGAUCCGAAAAUGGAGGCAGCGCUCGCCCCCGUUGCCGCGAGCUGGAAGCGGGACGGUGUCACCGUGUCGUCGGACAUGAUGACUGACCGUUGUGGCCGCCCGCAGGCCAACAUACUCCUUGUCAACGACUCCGGCGCAGUUUUCGAGCAGGCCGUGGACUGCAACAUGGAGUCGAAGACGGGGGGGUACAUCGCCAGCCUUCUCCGCCCCGUCAUUGAUAAGGUGGGGCCGGAGAAUGUGGUGGCGGUCUGCAUCGAUGGCGGCAGCAACUAUGCAUCGGCAGCGCGGAAGAUUGCGAGCACAUGGCCGCACAUUGAGCAUGUGCCAUGUGCCACGCAUGUCCUGGACCUGUUAAUGGAAGAUGUGGGCAAAAUGGGAUGGGCGAAGGGGCUUGUGGAGAAAGGAGGGGAGAUGAUUACCUUCGUGCGCAACCACCACUUCACACGUGCCUGUAUGAAGAAAGUGGGGGGGAAGCAGGUGCUCAAGCCUGCGGGAACCAGGUUCGGGACACAAUACAUAGCCAUGGCCCGGCUAUGUGAGGUGAGGAGUGGGCUGGCGGCGAUGGUGCUCAGCAACGAGUGGAAGGUGUGGGCAGCGGGGGACAAGGAUAGGAAGACUGCAGCCGAGAAAUUCAGGGCUGCUGUGAUGGAUGAGGAGUGGUGGGGGGUGGCGGAGUUCUUUUCCUCUCUCAUGGCGGUGCCAUUCAAGGCCAUGCGGGCCACGGACUCUUCCGCGAAAGGCAUGAUGGGUAAGCUGUAUGACAUUAUGCUACAUCUUACCGAGGACAUCAAUGACAAGCUCGACGCUUCAGGCGACUUCUUGACUCGGACAGAGAGGGCAGACAUCACCAAGAUUGUGAAGGACAGGUGGGACAACUCCCUUGCCUGCCCCAUGCAUGUGGUUGGCCGGAUCUUGAAUCCGACCAACCAGGAGGAGGGAAUUUUCAGGAACGAUGUGGAGUGCACGAGGGUGUUCAAGGACUACAUCGAGCGCCACUAUGACCACGUCACCUUCAGGCGCGGCAAGGAUGGUGCCCCUCGCCGCGCCUCCCUUGUGCUGCAGGAGGCAUUGCUGGCCUACAUCAACUUGGAGGGCAGUUUUGGCAAGCUGAGCGCCAUAGCUGCAAGGGAGGCAGUGAAGAAAGGGGAGAUGAGCAUGCUGCAGUGGUGGUUGUGGCACAGCACCGAGUACCCUGAGCUUGCCACCCUUGCAUGCCGGAUUCUCACUCAGCCCGUCUCGGCUUCUUCAUGCGAACGUGGCUGGGCGCAGUGGGAAGGCGUCCACACCGCCCGCCGCAACCGCCUCGGGUCCGCCAAGUGUGCGGACCUGGUUUACAUUGCGCACAACUGGAACGUUGUGCGCAAUUGGUACAACAAGGACGGGGCCAGCACGGUUGUGCCCGGGAACAUCCCGGAUGCCCCUAUCCCCCGCGGCUACAACAUGGACGAGGAGGAGGAGGAUGACCUGCUGGGGGGGGAAGGAGAUGAUGCAGUGCUGGCGGAUGAGUAUGGGGAAGGGGUGGUGGUGGAAAAGCCCCGCAAGGAAAUAGGCUGUGGGGAAGCUCGCUAG